UCUGACAUCCUCUUACGAGAAGACAAUCCAUAUUCCUGCACCCCAUAUCAAACCACAAAAGACCAACAACACACAUCAAAAUGGAUAAGCUUGCCUCGAAGCUCGGCGGUGGUCACAAGCACGGUGGUGCUGGUGGUGCCCAGAAUGAGGACUAUGUUGACAAGGGCCUCGACUCCCUCGAAACCAAGUACGGCCAUGGCAAGGUCGACCCCCAUAACUCGAAGGUGCGACAGACGAAUGAACGCAUCACCGAUAGCGCCAGGAACAAGUUCGAGAGUGCUACUGGUAAACAUGUGCCCUCGAAGAUCUCGAACUAGAUAUAAUACGUUACGACAGUCAUGAUUGAGGCAAAGAAGUGUAUUAUACUACUGGU